AUGCCGCAGGCCGCACGAUGGGCUGGAACUCCCUCUAUUAAGGGAAAGUCGGAGUCAACGCGCAUGAUGCUGUUAACAUUUAGUUUGGUGGGAUUACAGUGCGUUCCCCCUACGUUUGGUUUGGUUAAGGAGGAUUGCACGCCCUAUCUUCUUCAGCUCGGUUUGACAAAGUCGAAAACAUCGUUGGUGUGGAUUGCUGGGCCGCUGUCUGGAUUGAUUAUUCAACCUCUUAUUGGUGUGAUUGCAGAUCGGUCACGGUCUAAAUGGGGUCGGCGCAGACCGUUUAUGGUGUUUGGGUCUUUUGUUGUGGCGCUUUGUCUGAUCGUACUGGGAUGGACGGCGGAGAUUGUGGGGUUAUUUGUUACGGAUCCAGAAAAGGCUAAGAAUAUUACUAUCGCACUAGCUGUUUCAAGUAUCUAUGCUGUGGAUUUCUCUAUCAACGUUGUACAAGCAUGUUGUCGCAGUCUUAUUGUCGAUACAUUGCCGAUUCCAUUGCAACAAGCUGGGUCCGCCUGGGCGGGCCGGAUGUGUGCUAUUGGCCAACUCAUUAGCUAUGUGAUCGGCUCAAUUAACACUGUCAGCAUUUUUGGAAGUCUUUUCGGAGAUACGCAGUUCAAGCAGAUGACCGUUAUUGCCGCAUUUUCGUUGGUCGCUGCUGUGGCUGUAACUUCAUACUCGGUGAAAGAGCGCGUUCUGAUUUCUGCGAGGGAUUCCGAAGGCUCAGCUGGUGCAAUUCAAGUGAUUCAGCAGCUUUUCAAGACCACAAUGGAACUGCCACCCCGUAUCCAGGCUAUCUGUUGGGCCCAGUUCUGGGCUUGGAUCGGAUGGUUCCCUUUCCUGUUCUACAGCACCACCUGGGUAGGCGAGACCUACUUCCGGUACGAAGUACCAAAAGACGAAAUCACCAAGUCUACCGAUAUGCUCGGCGAAGUUGGUCGUGUGGGCAGUCUCUCACUCGUCGUCUUCUCAUCCAUCACCUUCAUCAGCUCCGUCCUCCUUCCAUUUUGCGUACAAUCUCCUGACAACAAACGCUCCCGCUUCACACCCCGCCCCCCACCAGGCAUGGCUGCCGUGCUAAAAGCCUUCACCGCAAUCCGACCGGACCUCCAAACCGCCUGGUUCAUCUCCCAGCUCAUGUUCGCCGUAACCAUGAUUUUCGCCCCACUAGCCCACUCCCGUGCCUUCGCCACGACCCUAGUCGCAGUUUGCGGUAUCCCUUGGGCAAUCAGCGCCUGGGCCCCUUUCGCAUUCAUGGGCGUAGAAAUCAACAAAUUGACCAUGAACGGUGCCUCAGCACCGGGUAUCGCUGCAUCAUCCACCCGUGCCGGCGUGACGAUGAUCACAUCAGCCAGUCUACGUGCCAACGCAGCAGCAGAUACCGAGCUGGAAGUCCUGAGGCUAAACCACCGGGACUCGGAUAGUGACAGCGACGAAGAGGAUCCUUCGUCAUUACACUCUAAUAUCCCGUCAACGGGAGAAUUAACGGGCAUUUACCUUGGUGUACUCAACGUGUACACUACGCUUCCGCAGUUCGUUGGCACGUUCAUUAGCUGGAUUGUCUUCACUAUUCUUGAGCCUAGCGCCACGAAGCUUCCGAAGGAUGCUGAUGCGUCUGAUGCUCAGUGGAUGAAUUUGGAUAAAGACAAGCCUAAUGCUAUUGCCAUUUGUCUUUUUAUUGGGGCGUUGAGUGCGCUUGUCGCUGCUGAGGCUACAAGGCGGUUACGAUACGUGUUAUAA